AUGAAAUCGGACCGAACCUGCAUUUUGGAGAGUUCUGAGUUCUCCGCUCUCCACUCCUCCGUUCCUCAAUUCCCCGCUCCCCAAUUUCCGGCUCCCCAGUUCCCCGCUUCCCAAUCCCCCGCUCCCCAAUUCCCCGCUCCCUGGUUCACCCCGCUCUCCCCGUCUCCCUCUCUGUCGCGCCCACCCUGCCGCCUUUUCUCGUGCCUGCGACUCGCCCCAGUCCUCUCGUGCGCUUGCCGCGUCCCGCGCGGCAUCCGCGCUCGCCCGCGCCAUUUUCCUGCGAAUUCACUGCCUGUUCCGCGCCUGCGUUUCCGCAUGUCCCCCGCAUUCGUCUCCGCGGCUCUCCUUGCUUCCGCGGCCCUCUCCCCCGCCCCCUUCCCCGCGUUCGCUGCCGCCACCACUUCCGCGGUGUGCUCUCGCAUUGCCCCGCCGAUGCUGAUUGCGCAGGCGCUCCACGUGCUAGCGCGCGCACCCCCUUCCCCAUCGCCCGACGCCUCCCCUCGAUCUCCUCCCCUUUUCCCCCUCAUCCCCCUCAUCCCCCUCAACCCCUCUUCCUUCGUCCCCCCUCCCCCCGCGUCCCCCCUUCCCCCUUUGUUCGCCCUCCCCUCUCGUCCCCCCUCUCCCCUCCCCCUUUCCCCCUCGUCUCUCCCGCGCAGCAAUGGGAGGCGGUAUACGGGCUCUCCCCCGACUCCCCCACGCCCCCCGCCAACCUCUCCUUCCCCGCGCACGUGCCCCCCGCGCCCCACCUGGACGACUGCGCCAACCGCACGCACUGGCGCUGGCACGUGGAGCAGCGCGGCGCCGACUCCUCUCCCCCCGACUGGACUACACCCUCCGCCUGCUGCGGCUGCGCACCCCAACCGCCCUGGGUGCGUUCGAGGCACAGACGCGGGCAAUCUAGCGCUGACACGUGUGGCGCAGAGGGACAUCUGGGCGAGCCAGUUCCCACCCGCCAACUGCAGUGGACGGCGACUGCUAGUGGCUCCGUGGCCUCAUGCGGCCACGCACCCCAUAGGAGCACAGCUGCUGGUGGCGACGGCGUAUCUGAGCAUGGCGAUGCACCACAACCGCACGCUCGUCAUGCUCCCUGGCUCCUUCUCCCGCGCCAACCACUCCGCCUGCAAAGCUGUAGGGCAGGAGGGGUCGUUCGACUGCUACUUCCUGCCCAUGACCGCUCAGGCGUGCACUGACAGGGCUGUUGCUGCCAUGGCCGCCACGGCCGCAGCAGCACAGGGUGCAGCGGUAGGUGCAGCAGCAGGAGCAGCAGAAGUAGGUGCAGCGCCGGCAGCAGCACCCGCGGCAGCAGGGGCGGGGGUGGAGGAGGUGGUGGUGGUGGCGGAGGGUGGGAGCAAGGCGGCAGUGCUGGCAUCGGAGCAGGCAGUGGUGUUGCUCAAUGAUACCUCUGACCGCGACCACUGCGAUGCCGUCAGGCUGUGGGGCUCGCCGCAUUGCAACCGUCCAAGUGUGGUGGAGCUGGCAGGGAAGAUGCACCCCCUCAACGAGCCUCAGCUUAAGCUGCGCUGGUGGCAGGCCCAAGCCCUCCGCUUCCUGCUGCGCUGGCCCUCCUUGCACCUGUGCCAAACCAUCAACCGCAUGCGCCACUCGUCCUACGGCCUCUCAGUCGCCUCCCAGGUCGCAGCAGUCACCACGCAGCGUGCAGCCAUCAUCGCAGCACUAGCGAGCAACAACGUGCACCCGGCGUACGCGUCCAUGCGCAUGAACGGCAGCGACGAGGCCAAGUUCCUCCAGUCCUUCAACUUCUCGCAUUCCCAGAGCCUCGAGGCCGACGUGUGGCCGGGCGAGGGCUUUGAGGGGUGCUACCAGUACAAGGGCCCGGGGCCGGCACGGGUGGACAGGGUGUAUGAGGCGGUGGGGCGGGAGGUGUUCAUGAUGCGCCCUGUGGUGGGGCUGCAUGUGCGCCAGGUGGAGGACGCGGGCAGCAAGGCAAGCGUGCGGUCGCUGGCGGGGUUCAUGUUCUCGCUGUAUGGCAUGCGCAAGCACGUGCCCUCGCUCUCCCACGUGUGGCUCAGCUCCAGACUGCAGCUGGACAUAGAGCACUCGAAGCAAUUCUCCGACUGGAACUUCCUGCACUCAGACCACCCGCGGCAGAGCGCCCCGCAGGCAGUAACGGAGUACGAGAAGCAGGUGGGGCUGCAGGUGAGCGUGGGGGCGAGCCUGGCAAACCUGCUGGUGGCGGCGGAGAGUGACUACUUUGUGGGCACGCUCAACUCCGACUGGAGCCGCCUCAUUGACGCGCUCAGAAGCACCAAUGGCCGCCUCUUUGCUGGCUUUGUGGCUGUGGAGGAGUGGUGA